UACCGACGAGCGGCGGAACAUUAGUUCAACCCAGCGACUCCGGCUCCGGACCGCGAAAGUGUCCGAAUCCACCGGGAGAUCGGUAUCUGCACCGGGGGUCGAGGGGCAGGAGGAGGCCGGAGAGGAAGCAGCCGCCGGAGCGGGAGGAGGCAGCCGGACUGUCCGCUAUGGAAGCCGAGUUUCGGGAAAUCGAUGACAACGGGAGCUGGAGCUGCGUGUACCAGGAGAUUCGUCACCAGUCUUGUGAUCUGCCAUGCAAACUUGCCAAACUACCCGAGAACAAGAAUCGGAACCGCUACAGAGACGUGAGCCCGUUCGACCACAGCAGAAUAUGUCUGCAGCUGGGAGCGAACGACUACAUCAAUGCCAGCCUCAUCACGGUGGAGGAGGCGCAGAGGAACUAUAUCCUCACUCAGGGACCCCUUCCGAACACAUGUGGCCACUUCUGGGAGAUGGUGUGGGAGCAGAGGAGCCGUGGUGUGGUGAUGCUGAACCGAGUCAUAGAGAAAGGAUCUAUUAAAUGUGCCCAGUAUUGGCCGUUCAGAGAAGAGAAAGAUGCUAUUUUUGAAGAUACCAACUUCAAGAUCACCCUCAUCUCAGAAGACGUCAAAUCUUACUACACAGUCCGUGAGCUGGAGCUGGAGAAUCUGUCUACUCAGGAGACCCGUGAGAUUUUACAAUUUCACUACACCACCUGGCCUGACUUCGGGGUACCGGAGUCUCCGGCCUCCUUCCUUAACUUCCUGUUCAAGGUGCGAGAGUCUGGGUGUCUGAACUCCGAUGAGGGACCCCUGGUGGUUCACUGCAGCGCCGGCAUCGGACGCUCGGGGACCUUUUGUCUCGUGGACACCUGCCUCUUGUUGAUGUCCAACCGUAAGGACCCGUCUUCAGUGCGUAUUCGCGAUGUGCUGCUGGAGAUGCGACGCUACCGAAUGGGUCUGAUUCAGACGGCGGAUCAACUUCGCUUCUCCUACCUCGCUGUCAACGAAGCUGCCAAGUACAUCAAGGGAGACACGUCCCUGCAGGAGUCAUGGAAAGAGCUGUCGAACGAGGAAGACGAUCCACCGGAGUUCACCCCUCCUCCUCCUCCCCCUCCGCCCAGAGACCCUCACAAUGGCAAAAUUGAGCCGUCCUUUUUCCCUGAAAAUGAUGAAAUCGUCCGACACAUGGAGAGCAGGACUUUGGGGUCCUCACAGGACUCCGAGCUGCGAAAGAGGAACAUCGCUGCCCCCCCGCCUCUCCCUGAUCAGACCGAGCAGCUCGAUGAUCACAAGGUAAUCCAAGAUCUGACCUCCGAAGCUCCAGCCAAAUCCCAGCAGCAGCACGAGGCCGCGAAGCAGGAGACGCCCGAGGCAGCGGAGCAGCCGAAGGAAGACGCUCCUGCGCCGGGGGCCUGGCCCCCCCUACUAGCCAACGUGUGCCUGUGCACGGCACUGGCUCUCAGUGCUUAUGUCUGUUAUCGGGCCUAUUUCCACUGAUGUCUGUCCCGCCUCCUUUCUGUUUCCCCUCCCCGUCUCUCCACUGAGAGAAGUGGACUGCUCUGGCCAAUCAGCCUGCUUUGACUCUGGGUUUACUCUGCGAGUGAGAGGAUUAUUUGGACUUCAGCAGAUUCAGGUUCACUCGUUUUGUCUUUUAACGAAUGCAGUGCGAGGGGCCGGCUCCUCCUCCUCCUCACCCAACCAAACCUUCUGUCAGUGUGUCAUCAUGGACGCUCAGGGCCUCAGUUUGUCAGGUGUCGUGUGUUGAAUAUGUGUAAACGCAGACUCGACAAAACAAUGACACGUCUUGCAGUCAGUAGAGUGAAUGGGUUUGUUUUAGCUCCGUGUCCCAGGAUGAAUGUCCUCUCUGACCCCGUUUUACACACGUCUCCGCUCUUAUUUACCAAAUGAGUUCUUCCAUUUCAUCCUUUUUACAAUGUGUCCGUUAUGAUUUCUCAUUUCUUAGUUCUCUUACUCAAAUCAUUUAUCCACAUCUCUAACCAGCCUGUCUGAAAAUAUCCCAGUAAGGAAGCCAAUUUAAUUUGUUCUUUAGUUUUGGCUCAAUAUUAGAUUGUGUGUAUUUGUAUAGUGCUUUGCCAUUCAACUAUUCACACACACACUCAGUGCAUCUAUUUGCAGAACAACACCCUGCCCAGUCAGGGGCCUUCUGCUUACUGGACAACCCUGUUCUACCUUCUGAGCCCCAGCCGCCCAUUAAACCUGUUCAAUAAGGUGAAGUGUAUGAAAGUAAGACUGAAGCGAUGCUGUUUCCACUAGAUAAGAGAUGCAUGCUGGGGUGGGCACUGAAUCCUUAUCUGCCCCCAGUCGUGGGCCGCGUUGAGGUGCAGGAGGCUGGUCGAGUCCGUACAGUGUGUGUGUGUGUGUUUUUGUGUUUGAGUGGUAGUUGUUGAAACUUUCUUCUGGUGCUUGAGUUAAAUCCACUCUGUGAGAAGUAUUAAUACAACAUUUACAGGACAUAAAAUGUGAGAUAUGUGGCCCAGGCAUUCUUCUCUCCCUGGUAGAUCAACAGUGACACAGAAUGCUAAAUGCUCUGUAUUUAUAAAGCAUUGAUGACCACUCCUUCAUACAGUGCAUCUACGUGCAGCACUUUCUCUCUCACACACAACUCACACUGUCGGCACAGCCGUCUUUUAACAUUUAGGAUUCAGUACCUUGCCCAAGGACACUUGUGGAAUAGGGGAGACUGGGAUCGAACCGCCAACCUCGUGCUUAGAGGACGAGCCGCUCUUCCCCCCCCCCAACAGAACGACUUUGAAAACAAAAUAGUGCAGGAAGAGGUUGAUAUGUGACUCUUUCCAUUUUCCUCGCAUUCUUUAAUUGACACUGGAAUGAUAUUGACGCCUUGAGAUGUGUUUCUUCUUUUUAAGGUCAACACCUUUUCCUUGUUUUUCAGUCACCGUGGUUAAAAAUGUGUGGAGGAUUUUCACAGCAAGAGAAUGUGUAACAUAACCUGAAAGCAGCCGAUGCAUGUAAUCGAAUGUCCGACACAAAGUAGCUCACACCCGUUUCGCCAGCAAUACAAACCCUUAAUAACGUUUCACCCGUCAUGUUAACGAACUCAGUGUCACAGGGAGCCGAGGAUUCUGAACAAACCAAAAAUCAAACACCAGCACAGGGAUGGAAACAAUACACUGUAGUAAUAAUCCGUUGCAUUGUGGCGCAGCCCCGAGCUGGCAAUGUUUUCUAUGAUUAUGAUCUUUUAACGCAUGCUGCAUUUGUGAAUCAACAGGUUUGUCCUAAGAAGAGAUUAGUUGAGCUGCUAGCGUCGAGUUUAAUUUGCGACUGGACGGAGCUCAGCGCUCGAGUCUGACAGCUGUACCUUCCUUUAGAAUGUAUGAACGUCCCGUCCGAGGACAAACCCUUAUUCUUAGAUUAUAUAUUUUUUUCCAAAUCAGGUUUCAGUGUGCUGAGUUUUUUUUCUUCUUUUUUUUCUGCUUUAGCAAGGGAUGAAAUCUCAGCACCUGUGCAGCCAUUGCACCAGGUUUCCCUGUUUUUCUACACUUACGCUGAGCUUAAAAACAUGUAUUUUUUUAUUUACAUUUGUUGUUUUACUUUUUAAAUAAAACAAUUAAAA